GUAUUAUGUAGACGAAUAAUUAUAGAAGACGCUAUUGUUUUCUGCUUUUUCUUUUGAAGAAUACGUGCACUAUGUAAUCCGUGUCUCGUGUGCCUGAGAAGGUUAUGUGAUUCCAUAUAUAUACACAUUUCACCACAGCAUGGCUACCCCAAGUCCUUAUGCAACACGGCAGUGUUCGAACUGCCAGGGGGACACGAAAUUCAUCUGUACUUCAUGCAGAUGUGAUUUAUGUUCCAGCUGUAAAGAGGAGCAUGUGAUUGAGCUUAAUACAAUGGACCAUGAUGUGAUGAUAUUCCGCAGGAAAAUGACCUCUCCAAUUCAAGAAAACUGUGCUAUACAUACUGAUAAUGUUUAUGAUAAGUAUUGUGAAACUUGUGAAUUGCCCAUGUGUUCCUCUUGCGAUGAACAUACCGGACACAAGAAAUUAGAUAUAAAAUCCUUACAUGAUUCACACCAUCAGCGACUCAGAAAAGCUAUUCACGUCGUGAGGGGCAAGAUCCACUUAUACGAAAGUGUUUUGAUGACCGGCAUCAAAACUGAUGUGAAAACCUGCAAAAAAGAAAUAUGGAAAGGUAAUGCAAGUCUUAUUUUGAAUGCCGCACGGCUUAAGGAUAUCGUUGAUAAAGUUUUAUGUGACGUUGAACUCAUACACAAGUGUUUUGUACACAAUCUGAAAAGACACAGACAUAUUUCUAGUUUGGUGUGUACUGAACAUUCAUUUGAACAGUCAGCAACAGAUCCUGUAAAAUUCCUCUUAUCAAAAUCUGCCUUUGGAACAUUAAAAGAACGGUACGGAUGUGCAAAACAUGCCAAGCUAAGUGUAACCGAAAGACUGAACGCAAAGGGCGUGACGAUGUUAUUGAGCGAUAUAAAGGUCACAGAGGGACGAAAACGACCUACAGAAAUUGAAAUCAAGUUGAUGCCUGCACCUGUGUUUCAAAAGUCUUUCAUGGCGACAGAUGUUGACUCCUGUUCCCACAUGGCUUUUGUGACAUCAGAUAAGAUAUGGAUUGGAUGUAAAAACAAGUUUUAUUUGAAAGACACAAACGGCGACACACUUUUUCACCAAGAGGGACCAGUUAAUGAUUUUUCUUGGUAUAACCCUGCUGCAUAUUUCACAGUAACCAAUGAAAAGGAUUUGGUUUUUAUAAAUAACGAUCAUAACAUCGUUAAACUGUCACACGAUAUGGGAAAAAUAACGACAUUAAUUAACACACCAUACAAUAACAAGGGACCAUGUUGUGUGUAUUUCGCCCCUUUCGCUGGAGAUCUACUUGUAGGGUUCAUAGGAUAUGGUGAUUUGGAUAACAAAACCUGGAUAAACCGUUACGAUGAAUUAGGCCGUCUGAAGCAAACAAUUCAGUAUAACGAAUCAGGAUACCCUCUUUUUACCCAUCCUUCCCAUAUAGCAGAGAACAACAAUGGGGAUGUUGCUAUUUCAGAUAGAAGUACAGUUGUAGUUACAGACAUUGGAGGUCGACAUCGCUUCUCUUACCAUGGAGGGCCAUUCAAUUUUGGGGUGGUUCAAGGAAUUUGUACUGAUUCACUUUCGCACAUACUAGUGUGUGAUAGUUACAGUAGCUCAGUACAUAUGAUUGAUAAAGACGGUCAUUUUCUAAAAUAUCUUCUAAUGCGACCACCAGGUAUACUGUCACCGAGCAGCCUAACCAUCGAUGUAAACACACAUCUUCUCUGGGUUGGAUCAUCAAGUUUAAACACAGUGCUUGGUUAUAAGUACAUAACCCAAUAUGUUAACACCUACGCUGAACCCUCACUGAGUGCUGUUGUAAGAAAAUCUGCUGUACACCCAACAGUACAAACGGGGGAAGAACAUUGCUUUGUAAAUGAACUACUCUAUUUAGAGACCCCGGGUCCAUUGCUACUGAAUGCAAUUAGAGUGGAAGACAUCGGGUGUUGUUCCCAUUUGUCACUUGUUUCGGCUGAUGAAAUGUGGAUUUAUUCAGUGAACGAGGUUCCGGAAUACACACAGUUACCAGUGAUGGUGAAUUGA